AUGUCCGUCCUUCGGCAAGGAGGGUCCUACCUCCAACGACGUCUCACGAAGAUGUAUACCGACACAAAAACGUCCUGCGAAAGCGUCACAACUGCAUCGUCCAAGGGUACCGAUGACCCGGAGCUCGUGGCUCUGCACCGGAAUUAUCGCACACAAAAGGAUAGAUUAUUAGCCUGGGGCCUGGAUUGGAGCGAUUCCAACGCCGCGCAACCAAACGAUAUCGACGAGUCGUUGACCGAAGCCGGGUUCAGCGAUGUCGUGGCGAGUGUCAUGUCCUCGAUACAGGAGAUACUCAAUGAAGCGGAAAGGUUACAACAUGGGGAAGCUCCGGCACUUCCGCCCAAGAAUGAUAGUGGCGAGUUACCGCCAAAGGAGGAUCUGAUGAUGAAAUCUCACUGGACAGAGGCAGAUAUCAAACGGUCGUAUACUUUGUUGGAUGACUUGACGUCGUGCAUUGAUACACUAUACGAAUUAUCGCAGUCACGCCGGAAUAUGACUAUGAGUAUGGCCUCAACAGCACCAGAUCAGUCCGGCAAGGUCAAAGCGCGGUCGCAGACUUCGAUUCCAAAGUCCCUGAAGCCAGGUGGAUUGGAUGCUCAUCGAUCACUGUCGUUUGAUUCGAAGCCGAUGUCGUAUUCGCACGAUUUCGUCGAGAGCCCGGUUGAUAUGAAGGGGAAGACGUCUUAUAGCAAACAGGAGAAGAUUGAUGUAUCGCCAUAUUCUAAUUUCCAUGCUCUACCGAUUGCGAGAAGGGAAGUUCCGGCGUUGGUGGAACGAAAAGUCAACGAUUCUUUCUCUUCCACAAAACAUCUCUUUAUUGACAGGUCGACGUUACAGCUUUCAGGCGCAUCCCAUGCGAAAAGCCCGCCACCAUAUGAGCAGGUUGCUGCAUCCGCGAAUUCCCGGAUCAUUGGUCGUGUGCAGACCUCUGCUACUCCAUUUAUGACUGGGUUGACCAAGGAAUCGACGAUCCCCAUCCUUGUAGAGUUCACGCCCAUGAUGCUGGAGUCUCAGAGUUCGGUGACGAUUCCCGCCGCCCAGCGCUUGGAGAAAAUCCAUCGUUCUCUGGAUCAGUUGGUGGAAAACUCUCGGGUGUCACACUUGGGCCUGUUAAGGUUUCUUGGCUAUUACAUCGACAUGUCCAAUGCUCGUUAUGCAUUCGUUUAUCAAAUGCCGGUGGACUAUUUCCCAUUCCUGAGCAAUCCCAGCAAUCUCCUUAAGGAAUUGAGACCAAAGACUUUGGUUUCUUUGUUUCAUUCUGGAGAAGAUCAUCAAGAUAUCCCGGUGCCGACUCUCGAAAGCCGAUUCCGUCUCGCUUAUAACCUACUUUUGGCCGUUCUGCACCUGAGGAGUCAAAAUGUCGUUCAUGGAAAUAUUAAUAGCAGCAAUAUAUUGGUCUUUCCAGGCUUGAAUAAUUCCGGUCAGGAUGAGAUUGGAAACUUGAUCGAAGAUUUACGACAUCCCUACCUCACUUCACUUGCACAGUUUUCCGGCAAUGAACCAACUCCCGAACCUCUGUCAGCAAGCAUGUACCGCCAUCCAGACGACAAGCGACUGCUCGAAGAUGAGGUAGCAUGGGCAUACGAUCUGUAUUCUCUGGGUCUUGUUCUUUUGGAAAUCGGUCUUUGGGCACCCAUCAGCCGUCUCUGGAAGAUGAAGUAUAAUAAUGCCAUGUUCAAGCAACGCAUUGAAAACGUCUAUAUCAAGAAGCUGGCUUCGAAAUGCGGCAACGCCUACCUGCACAUCGUUCAACUCUGUCUUGACGCUCCGAACUUUUUGAUGUCGACAGAACCCAUGGCGGACCUAGGGUUCAGAGUUCCUAGGGUUUUCACCUACCCGACUCUGGAAUUCGCAGAGCCUGACAGCCAAUUCGCCUUCUCUGCCAAUUUCAUCUUCACAAUGAGCAAGAUUUUGUCUCAGUUGUGUGCUAUUGAUAUUUACUCUCCUCCUCCUUCUGCGGAUCUUGACGACUGUCUACCACUAGCUCUCGGUCGUGAUCUUGAGUCUGAGCCGGAAUCGAUCGACAAUGCGCCUUCAGCAAAUUUUGCCAAUCUACCGAUCGAACACACUUCAUUGCAUCAACCUUUUCGGGGUGACUUCCAGGAUAGCAAAGCAGUCCAUGAGGUAGUCGACUCCCCAACAGAAAAGAAGGUCAAGAAGCGAACAGUGAAGAAGUUAACAAACGCCGAAAUCCCGCAGGAGCAUCUGAGCCAAUGGAACUUUUACACAAUGCCAAAGCUCAGCAAGCUUCUACACAGAAUACUCAAAGACUCUUCAGAGUCCUGCACGGCCUCUUUGAUGAUGACUGGUGAGAGCGUGGAAACCGCCAAGACGACUAUCUGCGUGACUUGCUCGAAUGUGAAGAAAGUUCGAGCCAUUCUUAAAAAGUACUUUGAAGUCGAGCAGGACUGGGAUUUGAUUGUCCUCCGCGGCGACGUCAGCAGAUCAAAGGUUCCUAGGCGGCGACGACGGAGAGCACAUUCUUCAAACUCACCUGAAACCGAUGAAGCUGCCUUUGUGCAACCAGAUCUGAACCCUCAUUAUCAGCAAAAACCUCUGUGUGGGGCGUCGAUUGGUGCGUUUAAAAAUGAAGAGCACCUACCGCCUGUUUCGUAUGGUGGUGCUAUUCUGAUCGAUGGAAUGCCGUACGGUAUGACCGUUCAUCAUAUGCUCGAAGCGCCUAGUGAGGAUGAAGAUGAAGACGAGGACGAGGCCGAAGCUGAGGAGACGUUACCGCGGUCUUCUGCCAAUCGAGCCGAAAACAUGAAUUUAACGUCCGGUAAUGACCUGACUUCUACAUGGGGCGACCGAGAUCCCGAAACCGACUACGAGCUUGAAUUCACCGACGAUGAUGACGAUGAUUCCGCCUCUCAAGAAGGCGGCGAUUACUGGCUCUCGGACGACGAAUCAUCCGAUGAAGAAGAAUUCUACGAUCCAUACGACGUGGACGACGCAGCAUCGAUCGGAGAUACGGCUGGCGUAGAACCAGAUGAUGAUCCGCAAUUGCUAGUUACUCAACCUGCGAUUGAUGAUGUGCAUGAAGAUUUCUUCCCGUCUCCGGAGGAUCGGGACGAUGAACAUCUCGCCUCGCACAGUUUGGGUUAUAUACAUGCAUCAUCGGGCUUGCGUCGGUGGACGAGAAAAGGCAUCAAACACGAGAUUGACUGGGCAUUGAUUCAACUCAAUGACAGUCGCAUGGACGUCAGGAACGUCAUUUCCAGACCGACCCCAGACAGACCUCCACAACAGCCUCAACAAACUCAUCGCCAAACCCUUCAACCUAACCGAACAUCGCCCAUCUAUCUAACAAAAGUAGCCCGCGUCGAGGAGAUGGGAGGUCUCAAAGUCCAAUGCUGCGGCCGAACAAGCGGCUACCAGCACGGUAAAAUAUCACCUGCAAUGACACUCGUAAAACUCCAUGGCCGCCAAUCAUUUUCCACCAGUUUCUGUGUUGAUGGAAAUUUUGGAGUGCCCGGCGAUUCCGGCGCAUGGGUCUUUGAAGCCUCCAGCGGCCGCGUGUGCGGCCAUGUCCUCGCGUACUCCGAGCGAAGUCGAACCGCAUACAUAGCGCCCAUGCAAGUCCUUCUCGAAGACAUUUCUCGCACCCUCGGCGCCUGCACUGUCGAACUCCCCGGCUCUCAAGGUGACGACAGCAUCUCGUCAGCAGCAAUGUCUCGAAUUUACGACCAACAACAGCAGCCUCGACGCGGUGGGUACAGGGAUAUAUCCAUCAUGGCCGACCAUCGUCAUCAUAACCAGUUGAAUCUACCCAUCGAACUAGGACGAAUAAAUCUGAACCCGCUUGAAGACUCAACUGCGUCCGCGGCAAGUGUGCGUUCCUCAAUCAAUAGAGCGCGAACCCAUCAUCUGGGUGAAGGACCGGGUUCAUCAUAUCAUCGCGCUGGACCGCCGCCGGUGAUGACGCGGGCUGGGGGGAUGGAGAGGCAACCUGCUUGA